UGCUCUCAGUAGUAAAAAUCGAUCCCCAAUCUCGUUCCUUCUUCCACCAAGGCUGCAGGGGAGACCUACCCAUGGCGGCGGCCACGGACCUCCUUCCGUGACUGCGGCCGGGUGCCUCGCGGAGCCUGUGGUCACCGACGGCGGUCGUCGUCUCCACAGUGCAGCGCGUGGAGGGAGCGGAGGCGCGAAGGCUGGUGCUCCCGCCGCGACGGGCGCUCCCUGUGACUAGCCUAGUUGCAGGAUUCAGACAAUAAAAACAGAGAAAACAGUGAUUUUACAGAGAUAGAUUCAAUUACAGAGCAAGAUCGACAGUGAUGUUUAGGAAGCCGGUAGCCAUCGGGCGCAUGAUCUCCGAUCGCAGUGAGAUUGCCCAGCGGUGCCAAUCGCAUGACUGAGGCUGCAGGCGAGACCUACCCAUGGUGGCGGCCAUGGACAAUCCCCCAGCCCUCCUUCCGCUGCUGCAGCCGCGUGCCCUGUGGCGCCGACGGCGGUCAUCAUCGCCACAGUGCAGCACGUGGAGGCGUGAAGGCUGGUACUUGCCCCGCGAUGCGGUGCUCCCUGUGAGUUCUCCCUUUUCAGUAUUUGAAUCUGAGCUGGUUUCAGUUUCUCUAUCUUUUUUCGCAACUGAAUUUCAGACCCCAGUUGCAGGAUUCAGACGAUGACACAUAAAAUAGAUAAGUUUGGGAGUGAUUUUACCGAGAUAAAUUUGAAAUUACAGAGCAAAGUUGAGACCCAGUGGAAUGGGACGGCCAGGAUUUAACCAAAUUAUAGAAGCUGCUCCCAGUUCCCAACCCAUUAAGCUUACAACUGGAGGUAUUUUUUUCUUUUCUGAUAAAUGGGGUCACCCCCCGAUUUUCAUUAAGAAAACCAAACAGUCUGACUUACAACUGAGGUAAAAGGAAAGCUAAAGUGCAGUAAGGCUGUUGUCAAAAAGUUAACAGUGAUGUUUAGGAAACUGGUAGCCAUAGGAUGCAUGAUCCCUGAUCACAGUGAGAUUGCUCAGCAGCAUGAAUCUGUAGGUUGUACACGGCGCUAUAACAACACGAGACGUGUCUAACAUUCUUCAGAGUUAACUGUUGAUUCUUCAGGUUUCAGCUUCGGAUCCUGACAAAAAAAGCUCUGCACUGGCACGCCUGCUACUCCAGCUUGCAGUGCCUGAGCAAUCCACCUCCUCAUAAAGCAGGCGUUUUGUGACGUAUUUGAACUGAACUGGUUUCAGUUUAUGUAUUUUCGUAAAAAAAAGUACUCGUUUUGGGAAGGCACUGACCCGGGAUCUUGCUGCCUAUCUAGCACUUUCCUUAAUCUAAUUGAAACCUGGAAAUGCAAAUGUGGUCUAAUCUGCAAAUUUAGCCCAACACAUUGGUAGGUUCAGCCUAGCAAUUUGUCAAUCACUUUUCAAGGCAUCCAUCCAAGCAGGCAUGCACAUGUAGGACCUUCUUUUUUUGUUAUUCUUUCGAGAAAAAGCACAAGAAAGCUCUGCACUUGGCAUACCUGCUACACUCCACUUUGUAGUGCCAUCCGCCUCCUCCUACAGCAGGCAUUUCAUGAUCUAUCAUCUACUAGAAUUAAAGCAUUAGCUGAUUGGAUAGAACCUUGAAGAUUACUCAGAUAUAAUAUUGCUCCGUUGGUCCUUACAUCGCAUGGUCUAAAUAAUAACAAAUGGUCAUGGCAAUCAUGAUUACUUCUUAUAUCCAAACCAUGCCACCUCAGAGUAAAUGAUUAUAGUUCUGCACAUAUAGUAUUGUUGGUUGGGCCCUCUGCUGGGAGCAGAAAUGCCGAACAUGAACUAGUUUGAAAGAAAAAACUGGGGGAGGGCAAGGUGGUUCAUUGAGAAAUAAUUUCUGAUGGCGGAUUCCUACUUUUUGUUGGUUUUUUGCAGGCGUGAAUUCUGAAUAUUUGGCAGUGAAACACUAAAACUAGAGGUACAAGAUUCUACAGAUAUAGUGAGUGACUGUUAUGAUGGGAGGCUCAAAAGUAGUUGUUUUCUUCCAUGCACAUCCCUUGCUGUUUUUGUUUUCGUAAUGAAGAAAAAAAGGUACUACAUACUGUUCCAAUUUGGAAUUCUGAUAUUUAAGAACCAGCCAAUUCUGCUGCUACUUCCUGCUUGGACAGCUAGCACUAGUCUGCUGUUACAGGUAUUGCCACUGUCACAUUUCACUCCACUCCUACAGAUGCAUUUCGAUAUCGAUUUUCCAUGCUGCUUAUUUUGGCCUGUCUAACGAGCAUAUAUUUGUGUACUGGUAGUAAAAACAUUGUGGUAAAUCCAUUAGUUUCCACCGGUUUUCUUCCUGGGACCCAGUGUUCAGUGCCUGUCAACACGAAUCAAUCCCCAAUUCCCUGUUAGUGCCACGCGUUGCUCCUGCUCCAUGCCGCAGAGGGGGAUUCAUCCUCGUCGCUUUCCUGCCGUGGCUCAACCCAGGCAGGCUGUUAACUCCCUCCUGGUUGCCAUCACAUGCGCUGGGAGUAUAGUAUUGUUGGUUGAUUGAAUGUAAGCUUGUACACUGCAUGGCCUCAACAAUAAAAAAACGACAUGAGACAUCUCAAGUAGGAACAUGCUUCAGACUGUAUUUAUCGACCUAGUUCGCCUUUUCCUUCCAAAUUUAGUAUGGACAAGAUGACAAAUGAUGAGCUGGUCUGAUGGAUGGAUCCGGCAUGCACCUUCAGAUGCGAUUCCGCACUGUGAUCAGUAUACUUAAUUUGUUUGUUCCUUGCGCUACUUUUUAAAAGCGGACAGCUAGUUGGCACUCCUUGUUGGGUAGCUCCUGCAACAUGACAAUCAGAAUGGCAUUUAUGUUUACUUGAUAAUGUAGUACUACUCGAUCAGUUGCUCUGUACGUAGUUACUCUAGAGGUUGCAGUGUCAUACUCUGCAGUGCUGGUACUCACAUUCUACAGAGUUGGAAGGUAUUACACUGCCACUUUGUGAUCUCCUAGUUCAAUACUGUGCAAUUAGGCUGUGCUUUCACCUUGUUAAUUGCCGUUACUGAUUCUAUCUGUGUAUACUUGUUGCAUUCCAGGAUCAAGCUCUCAACAAUGGUUCGAGGGCCUUUGGACUUCUGGAAUGAGUGGGGAACCCGGAUCCUGGUUCUCUUGAGCCUCGGCUUCCAGGUCAUCCUCCAUCUCUUCGCAAAGGUGCGUCGUCGCAAAGCCAGCUCAGCUAUGCAGAGGUUCUUCCUCUGGCUGGCGUACCAGCUGUCCGACAUGACGGCGACAUACGCUGCCGGGCAGCUCUUCUUCAGCAGCACGCCGCAAGAGCACCACCUCGUCGCCUUCUGGGCUCCGUUCCUCCUGCUGCACCUUGGCGGCCCAGACAACAUUACCGCCUAUGCCCUCGAGGAUAGCAAGCUCUGGAAACGCCACUUUCUGAGCCUUUUGGUGCAGGUCCUGGGAGCUGGACAUGUCCUAUACAAGCAUAUCAUCGGCAGCGGGAUCUUGCUCAUGCUGGCUGCCAUCUUGAUAUUCGGUCUCGGCGUUGCCAAGUAUGGGGAGAGGACAUGUGCGCUCUGGUUCGCCAACUUCAGCAGGCUCCGGAGCUCUCUCAAGGUGGUACCACGUGACAAGCAUCACCAAAAUUUUUACGCCGAGCAUCAGCACGGCUACAACGACUCCAACGGUGAACUCCUGCAGCUUGCUCACUCCCUGUUUCAUAUCUGCAAGCGUGGGAUAGUUGAUUCCGUGAUGAUGGUGGAUCCAGAUAGCCUGAGUGAGCUGGAUUCUUUGGACAACACAAUAAUCCAUGGCCUCAUGAAAGACCGUGAGCGCAUGUGGACGGUGAUGGAGAUGGAGCUCUCCCUUAUGUACGACAUCCUCUACACCAAGGCAAGUGUGAUCCAUUCUUGGUUUGGCUACUGCAUCCGUGUCGUGUCGCCUCUUGCCAUCAUCGCCUCUCUCAUGCUGUUCCAGUUGAGCGGUAAAGAUGGUGACAGCCUAGCCGAUGUUGUCGUCACAUACACCUUGUUGGUUGUUGCCUUGGUCCUGGAGACAAAAUCCCUUGUAGGUGCACUUGGGUCAAGCUGGGUGUUUGCCUUCUUGUGUGCUACACGAUGUAAUUGGCUUCGGCAUGCAGCUCUGUGCAGUGGAAGGUGGCACGGGCUUCGCCAGAGACUUGGAUCUCUCCACCGGUCUUGGCCUGGAAAGGUGAUAAUUACACGAAACUCAAGGAGAUGGUCAGGCACCAUGGGGCAGCACAACAUGUUGCAGUUUCGCACCAAACAAAUGGAUUCGAUGAGUCUCCAGCUCGGCAAUCUUUUCAAUAGGGUGGGGCUUGGCGAGUCGUUUGAGAGAAGGUUCUACUCAUGGACUGUUGAGGUCCCAGAGAAGGUCAAGAAUCGUGCACAGCAGGUGGACGAGAUAGUCUCACUGGGUGAUAUAAACACAAUGGGCAUGCUCAGGUAUAAUUGGGGUAAAAUGGCGCUGAGUGAGAAGAAGUACCCUGGGCUGUACAAGGAGUUGGAGGGCUGGCAUGGAGUUGACUUCCACAAGAGCAUCAUCAGCUGGCACAUCGCCACCGACUUGAUCCUCGCCGCAAGGCAGCCAAGCGGCCAUGACGCAGCUGACGGACGUGUGGAGGCAGUCAGGACACUGUCCAACUACAUGAUGUUCCUCCUGGUGGAUCGCCCUGACAUGCUACCAGGACUUCCUCAAAACUGGUUGUACAAGAAAACCUGCACCAAUCUGGAUGAGUUGUGUGAAAAAAGCCUAGUUGGUUCUCGAGGCAGCAUCUUCACCGCGCUCAAGAGAUUGUUCGGACCACACCAUCACCGCCGUUGCUUAAAUCCUUCUAAGCUCGAGAAGGAGCUUGCCGGGAUCGUACUGGAGCUGCCACACGAGGAGAAUUUCAACUACUAUGAAACUCCUCGGCUCAUGUACGCACGCCAGCUUGCUCGGAUACUGCGCCGUAGGGAUGAAGAUGAGGUGGAUGUGCUACUAGACGUGUGGACCGACUUCAUGGCGUAUGCAGCCAACCGGUGCAGCAGGGAGGCGCACGCCAGGAACCUGAACAGCGGCGGUGAGUUGACGACUGUCCUCUGGCUUAUGAUAGAGCACCUCCGCUUGAUAAAAGGAGAUGCAACAAAGGUUCACGCGCGUGUGUAAUCUAUUCUACUAGUUGACCAGUGGCCUUUGCCAUGGCCAGUGUAUCUGAAUGUUAGUUGAGCAUCGUUGAUUACUAAUUCUGCUUGAAUUCCAUUCUGUCUCGCCGACGUCAUCCAGUACCUGCCGAUCCAUGAUGCAGCUGACCACAUUGUGGAGGCGGUUAGGGCAAUGAUUCACUAAACAGAUUGUGCUGUACUUGUAUGCUACUACAAAAAAAUAGUUUGUGCUGUAAGUUUCUACAGGUUUUCUGCUUC